AUGACUACGGUAGUUGCUGUUGGUACUCCCCUUGCGGAGGCCUUGAGUAAUGUCAUCCAGCCGAAGCUGGUAGAGAUGGGAUGGAGCUCCGACGGCGGCGAUGAUUCAGCGUUGACCGAAUAUGUGAUUCUCAUGCUUGUCAACGGCAAGACACAAGAACAGAUUGCUGGCGAACUCUCCAACGAUCUCCUCGGACUCGGUGAAGGCGAUACACAGGCUCUGGACUUUUCACGAUGGCUCUUUGAACAGGUCGAAUUCCUCAACCAACAGAUCAACGGCGGGGGUAUUCAACCAUCAAUUGAAACCGACCCUGCGCAGGCCAUUCCAUCCUUUAACGAUCAAGAGGCUGCCAACAACCAAGCGAUGAUGACUGGAGAUGGCGCUAUGGAUGCCGAUAUGAGUAUGGGCGAUACCGGAGCUGCGAACGAUACGAUCCGGCAGGGGUAG